AUGAAGUCUUUACCUCUUUUCUUGCCAAUUUGGCUGUUAGCCUUACACCCCCAGCUCUCAUUUGCCUACUGGCGCAUGGCCUGCAGUGUCUCUCAAACUGCUAGGGCCGAUCCCAUUCUGAAUCCUGGUGGAGUAUCUGGACAUGGCCACAAGUUCGCCGGCGGAAGCAAUGUGAACGAAAAUUCCGACCACGCUUCUCUUCUGACUUCGACUUGUUCCUCUUGCGAGGUUCAGAAGGAUACCUCGGCCUACUGGACUCCACAGUUGUAUUUCGCUCAUGCCAAUGGUAGUUUUGAGGAAGUGCCUAACUACGGAAUGACCGUGUACUACGUUGGACGUGGUGGAAAUGCAACCAAUACAGUUCCCUUCCCAACCGAUUUCAGAAUGAUCACUGGAGACACGCGACUACGGUCAUACGAUACCUCGACCUUGACAUACAUGAACACACGGCCUGUAGCCGACAGGGUAAGUUUCCGCUGCAUUAACGAAGCUAACAAUAUUCCAGAAACGCACUACAUCGACCAGACCGACUGUGUCAAUGGCCUCAGAGCUCAGGUCAACUUCCAAUCCUGUUGGGAUGGUGUCAACAAUUACCUCGAUAACUCGGCCCACGUUGCUUACCUGUCCAACAUUGACUCCGGCGAAUGCCCUCCCACACAUCCUGUUUCGAUCCCAGGUCUCUUCUUCGAGGUUCUGUACAUGACAAACUCGGUUGAUCAAUCAGCUGGUGGUGAAUUCGUCUUUUCCAACGGUGAUCCUACCGGGUUCGGUUUCCACGGCGACUUUAUGAACGGUUGGGAUAUGGACGUGCAAACGGACGCAGUCGAAAACUGUCUUUAUACCGACAACGAUGGUGUCGUCACGGCAUGCCCCUACUUGACCCCGAGUGACGAUGUCAACUUCCCGCGCACUUGUCCCGAACAGCCGUCGUUGUUUGACGAGCCGAUCCAUGGGAUGAUCGACGCUUUACCAGGGUGCAAUCCUAUAACCCCUGGCCCUGCUCUGGCCCCGCAAGUGGUAUGCCCACUCAACUCGCACUCGCCUAAUGGUGCAGGUACGUCUUCGGCUUCGGUUGCGGCGUCAACUGGUCUGAGCUCCUCCAUUCUUGACUCAACCACUUCGGCAACGUCGACUAGCGAAACGGCUUCGAGUGCUAUUGCCAGCCUCAGCACGCCUGCAACCUCUUUGACCUUGUCCACCACCACUCCUGCCGCCUUGACGAUCUCAAUAAGUCCGACCUCCAGCUCCUCUCAGAUAUCCACUUCAUCAUCAUAUGGAGUGUCAAGUACAUUGUCCACCUCCGAGUUGAUUCCUACUUCAACUUCCGGCCCAAUAGAUGCUUCAAGCUCCGACGUUUUACCUACUUCGGCCACCAGCCUGGCACCGGCUCUGAGCUCGGCCCCGUUAUCUACUUCAGUAUCCGACCCAUUGGUCACUUCGACCUCCGACCUAAUACCUACCUCAAGCGCUCUCGGGGAUCCGAGUGCGACAGGUAUAUCCGGCGAUCCCUUCUGGCUCACUGGGCUACGUUCAGGAUGGUCAUGGCGGACGCCGGGUGGUGUCUUCGUGCAGGUUUCAUCGACGGAUUCUAGCGCAACUGCAGCAAGCAGCAGUUCAGACCCUGGAAGUAUUCUCUCGACUCCAUCAGACUCACUGCAGACAACGUCUGUAACCGCUGGAGCUAUUGGAGUGAGCAGCACCGGAUCAGAGGUCUCGAGCAUGAUCACUCCCGGGCUGACGUCCAGCCUGUCGCCACAAAGCGAAGUGACAACAACCGUCACAAUCACAGAUUUUGUUACCCUUACCGUGACGGUUGGCAGCAGUGCUCCAGCUACGCCAGGAAACUUUGUGGCAGUCACCAGUAACACACUGACGCCCUCAGUAGCUGUUGCGCCGGGAGAAAAUCAGGCCACAACAUCGGUGCAGCUCGGAACAACAGUCACACCUUUGAGCAGUGCGCUAUCCAUCCCAGCUAGCGCAGUCACUUUGAGUCCUGGCAGCAGCGGUGACGGCGUAUCGAAUAUCGUUACGGUUAUAACGGCAACAACCAUAAUUCCUGGCAGCACGAUCGUGGAAUCCGGAACGACAAUCUCGGUGGAACAAAGCACUGCUACGCAACCUGUGAGUGUUUUGAGCAGUGCCGGCAACUUCUACACGAUCACGGGCAGCACAACCACCACAUUCUUGUCCUUCGAUGCAUCCAGUACAGUAGCGCCAAGCGCGGUCACACAGGCUGGAAGCACCUUCAGCGUCGCUGGCACUUUCUACACAAUCACAGGCAGCACAUACACAACGUUCGUCUCGAUUGGAGGCUCAGACACCGGGCUUGCCGGAGGUCAGGGUACCCAACCAACCAGCGUACCCACCCCGGAUGGUACCAUGUACACCAUCACGGAGAGCACAUAUACCACCUUCUUCUCGGCCGAGGACUCGAGCUCUUCCACCGAGGGGACAUCAACGACGACGAUAAUUUCCACCACAACCCUCUACACAACAGUGCUUCCCACCAGCACUCGCACCUUAAGCGCGGCGUUCUCGCAAUCAACGGCUGCGGGAAAUACUACCCUCACGACAGUUACGAGUGCACCAGCUGGCGAGUUCUUCGCUAGUGGCAGCAGCAGCAGCACCUUUGCCUCGUCGAGCGUGAGUGCCGAGAGUGUACCCUCUUGCUCAAACUUGUCCGGAACUUCGGGCGAAGGAUGCCCACCUUCGUCCAUUACCUCAUCUGUCCCUGUUUCGGACGAUGGCGUGGCGACUGCCUUCGUGACAGUGAUCGAGCCCAUUACAGAUGAGGUUACUUCAACCGUCGACACUACCCUUACACUUUCCUCGGCAACUGCUGACACGACAUUCUUCACAAUCCGGGGAAGAAAGGUACGCUUCACUGGGAGGUAA